AAAACUUUAAAAACUCACCGGCCACUGGGCCGUAAACUUAUUUCCGAUCUGAGCUUGGAGCUGAACACAACCACCCGGACCAAAUCAGCAGUAGCAGUGGCCAUGAAGUGCUUUUUGCUAACCACCUUGCUGGCGACCCUGGCGGCUUCCUCGUUGGCCGCCCCCUUCGAUUUGGGUGACCUCUUCGCGGGCUAUCAGCCGUUGGAGAAGCAGGAUGUGGUGAAGCGGCAGGUGGAAGCCAAUCCCGAUGCCGAGCUAAAGCAGGUCUCAUUCCACGGUCUGAUCGGAGAUCUGGAGGACAGUCUGUUCCAGUCCGCCUUGAGUCUGCACCAGGCCAGUGCGCCGGGCAGCGUGGUGGAGGAAGUGAAGCCGGAAUCUGAGGAGCACGAGCUGAUCAAGCGAUCCGAUGAGUCCACGCCGGCCACAUCAGCCGUCUCGUCCGCGGACGACGGUUUGGCCCGCAAGAUUCUGCUGCAGACCACCAGAAAGGUGCCCGAUGGGGAGGAUGGUCUGCCCGCCCACUUGAUAAUCGAUCAUGUGUCCGUGCAGCCACACAAUGGCGGUGCCCUGCCACUGAUUCCCACCUUCCAGGUGCACCACACCAAGCUGAUCUCGGCCACCAUCAAGGAGGAUUCCAAUAGCGACAGCAGCGAUGGCAAGCAGACCAAGAUAAGCAUCACCAAAACAUCGAUUACGUCCACGGCUCCAAUUGAGAGUGUGGAGGAAGCGGUGGCCCUUGCUGGAUCUGCGACCAACGCCGAGGAAGCCACCACCAAGCUGGAGACGACCACAAAGGCCGUCGAGAAGGAGGAAGCUGAAAAGAGCUCCACCACCAUCUUGACCGUUGUGAGCAGCUCCACUUCCACCACCACCACCACCACCACGGAGGAGCCCAUCCAGAAGCUGAAGAAGGACGAGGAGAAGCUGAAGGAGAAGGUGGCCGAGGUGGAGGCCGAUCCCGUCAUCCUCUCGGCUCGCGUUUAAGCCGGUCGACCUCUGAACCCUCUAGCUGUAAACCUCAUCUCCAACUCAUCCCGCCACUCGAAUAUUUAUGACACGCCAAGUUCAAUUAAAGUCAUGUGAUCCGAUCAGA